CCAUUCUGGUAAGGCUACUUGGAACAAUCAGUCCAGAGUAGUUUGAUUCUCCCUGAAACAAGUUGAAACAUGUUGGCAAACUGAGAACCCACACAAAACCUGAUGAGGAACUAAGAGAGGAAACUGCACAUCCAAAGGGGGGCUGAAAGACACAUAUAAGAUCAAGAGACAGUACGUGAAGACGAUAGAGUGGCAGGCGACACACCAACUGGACAUGGCUCGUGUACUGGUGCUGUUCAUGUUGCUCUGGAGCUCAGGAUUCCCAGGUUUCCAGACAAAGAAAAAAGAUAUUGAUGAUAUCCGGUUGUUGGGAGGAUCCAGCCGCUGUUCUGGUGUGCUACAGGUGAAGCGCCAGGGAGUGUGGAAAGAAGUGGAUGAUAAUUACUGGGACCUGAAGUUAGCAGACGUAGUUUGCAGACAUCUGGACUGUGGUUCUGUGAUUCAAGCUUUAUCAAAAAUACAUUCAUACUCAGACCCUUAUAGCAGCAUCACACCUUCCUGUCUUGAGUCUAGAUCUAGACUGAAGAAAUGUUUAACAAAAAGGUCCAUGCUUCAGGCUACCAGUUUGGAGAUCAUCUGCUCAGACUCUGUCAGGCUGGUGAAUGGGACUAGUCUGUGUUCAGGCAGACUGGAGGUGAAGUCUAACCAGUCUACCCAGUCGUGGUCCUCAGUGUGUGAAGAUGACUUUGACCUACAGGAUGCAGAGGUGGUCUGCAGGGAGCUUCACUGUGGGUCUCCUUCAGUCCUCCAGGGGGCGCUCUAUGGAGACAUGGAGGAUCCAGUGUGGACCAAAGAGUUCCAGUGUAGAGGCCAUGAGUCUGCUCUGCUGGACUGUGACAGCUCAGAUAGAAACACCUGCUCUUCUGGCAAAGCUGUUGGACUCACCUGUUCAGAGCCCGAUCAUUUCCAGUUGGUGAGAGGAUCCAGUCGCUGUGCUGGUGAACUGGAGAUGAAGAUAGAGGGAGAGUGGCUUGUUGUGGAUGUUGAUGAUCAUUCUGCCUGGAAUCUAAAGGCAGCAGAUGUAGUGUGUAGACAUCUUGACUGUGGUUCUGCUGUUUCAACAGGGUGGAAAAAGAUGAAUUACUACGCAGUAAUAUGGAUGAUUAGAUCAACUUGCCUUCAAUCCAAGUCUGCAGUUAGGGAGUGUAUAUUAACAAAGUAUUCCCUUUCCCUUUCCAACCUGGAGAUCAUCUGCUCAGACUCUAUCAGGCUGGUGAAUGGGACUAGUCUGUGUUCAGGCAGACUGGAGGUGAAGUCUACCCAGUCUACCCAGUUGUGGUCCUCAGUGUGUGAAGAUGACUUUGACCUGCAGGAUGCAAAGGUGGUCUGCUCCGAACUUGGCUGUGGGGCUCCUUCAGUCCUCCAGGGGGCGCUCUAUGGAGACAUGGAGGCUCCAGUGGGGACCAAAGAGUUCCAGUGUAGAGGCCAUGAGUCUUAUCUGCUGGACUGUGACAGCUCAGAUAGAAACACCUGCUCUUCUGGCAAAGCUGCUGGACUCACCUGCUCAGAACCUGGUGUUGUCAGGCUGGUUGGAGGAGCCAGCCGGUGUGAUGGCACACUGGAGAUGAAACACCAGAACACAUGGAAACCAGUGGAUGACAGGAGCCAGAACCUGAGAUUAGCAGGCAUGGUGUGUGGAGAGCUGGGCUGUGGCUUUGCUUUUUCAACCAGAAGGCAAAAGCAGAUAAGAAGAGAAUCUUGGGGAAUCACAUUGGACUGUAAUACAUCUUCACUCUUGAAAUGUUUUACAGAAUUUACAUAUUCCACUACCACCAUAGAGAUAACCUGCUCAGACUCUCAGACUGUCAGGCUGGUGAAUGGGACUAGUCUGUGUUCAGGCAGACUGGAGAUAAAGUCUACCCAGUCGUGGUCCUCAGUGUGUGAAGAUGACUUUGACCUGCAGGAUGCAGAGGUGGUCUGCAGGGAGCUUGAAUGUGGGGCUCCUUCAGUCCUCCAGGGGGCACUCUAUGGAGACAUGGAGGCUCCAGUGUGGACCAAACAGUUCCAGUGUAGAGGCCAUGAGUCUUCUCUGCUGGACUGUGACAGCUCAGCUAGCAACACCUGCCCUUCUGGCAAAGCUGCCGGACUCACCUGCUCAGGUCCAGAUUAUAUCAGGUUGGUGGGAGAGCCCAGCCGCUGUGCUGGUAAACCAGAGAUGAAAAACUACGGAGAGUGGAGACGAGUGGUUGCCUUGGAUUUCAAAUGGAACCGGAUGUCUGCAGAUGCAGUUUGUCGAAAACUGGACUGUGGUUCUGCUGUUCCAAUGAGUUUUUAUUACAUUGGAGGAUAUAGUGGAUCUUCAGCCUAUCCUGUGUGGUUGAUCAACUCGUCCUGUGUUCAGUCUAAAUCUGCAGUGAAGGAAUGUGUGACAACUGACAAUACGUACAGCUCUAUUAUCCUGGAAAUUACCUGCUCAGAUUUGCUGGCUCAGCCAAAGAUCUCCCCCUCUCCCUCCCCUGACGCGGUCUACAAGGCCAAGCAGCAGAGGCUCCAGGUGCUCAUGGGCUCCAACUUCACCAUCAGGUGCUCCGUCAGACCACAGUACCCAGGAGGCUCCUUCAAGCUCAUCGUCCCCACCCCUGACCCAGCACAGAACUACACCCUGCCAGCUGUCAAUCACUCGGCCCACUUCCAGUUCUCUGCUGCAGACUCCACCCACCGAGGGGAGUACCGCUGUGUUUAUCACCUCUACGUUUUCUCCGAUAACUUCUCUUCUGAGAGCCGGCCGCUCCAUCUCACUCUCGCAGAUUUGCUGGCUCAGCCAAACAUCUCCUUCUCUACCCACAUUGACGGGGUUUCUGAGGCCACGCAGCAGGGGUUGCGAGUGCUCAUGGACUCUGACUUCACCAUCAGCUGCUCCGUCCUGCCACAGUACCCAGGAGGCUCCUUCCAGCUCAUCUUCAACACCUCCGACCCAGAACAGAAGACCUACACCCUGCCAGCUGUCAAUCACUCGGCCCACUUCCUGUUCUCUGCUGCAGACUCCACCCACCGAGGGGAGUACCGCUGUGUUUAUCACCUCAACGUUUUCUCCCAUGACUUCUCUUCUGAGAGCGGGCCGCUCCAUCUCACUCUUGCAGGUAACUUCACAGACAAUCUGAGUCAAACAGGGAAACGUCAAACUGACUUACAUCUGGUCAUCGGACUGGUUGUCCUGGUGGUGCUGCUGGUGCUCGUGUCCGGUGCUGCCCUGUUUUGCUACUCCAAGGCCAGCAGAGGGCAGACGCCAAGACGAGAGGACAACAUGGAGGUGCGUUACCUCUGUGGUGCUGAUGACUUGCUGGGUGAAGAGGCAGGAGGAGCGCAGGGCUCAGAGUAGGAUCUCACAGCCAGACGGACGGCUCUGCUCUCAAACAGCCAAAUCAGAGCAGUUCAGGUGUGGGAUAAUAUCAGGCAUAGCUUUCCUAGAGAAGACCCAGACACACAAACAACUACAUUGGCAAACUUUUAAAGCAACACCAAAGAUUCUUUUGUACCUUUAAAUAAUGUUUCCAAAAUCGUUUCAGUGGUUCAUCAACUCGUAACAGGGUGAACGGCACUUCUGUAUCUGCUUUGUUGCCCUCUAUCGCAGUGUUUCUCAAAUGGGGGUACGUGUAAAAUCACCAGCGCUAAUACGUCUUUGACUUACAGCUGUCAACCCACCCCCCCUCUCUCUCUCUGAUAUAGAGGCAUCAGAAUUACAUUUAAACAAUUUUAUAAGCGGUUGAAAGUUCCUUGUAGUCACCCUAAAAGUCAGACACUUCCAUGUUUUGGUACAGGUGUUUUCACACCUGAUGUGUACCAUACGGGAGUAACGUUACACGUGAACUGUAGGUCUCAAAACCACCUUUUCAGGUGGACUCGGCCACGGUUUGGACCAACUGGGCCUGGGUUCGGUCGCAACGUUUAAACUAAUCAAAACAAUUUGGACUUUGGGAUCAAGUGAAAGUAAAGGAAGAUGGUUUCACCAUGUAUUAGGGCAUUCAAAAAAAUGUAUCAGAAUGCAGGAAACAGAGUGGUUCAGAAUUUCCUGGGAGAGGAUCCACAGAUUCGCCCUGCUCAAAUAUAUUAAUCAACUUGUAAAUCUUAAAUUCUUAUUAAACUCCUGCACUGAUGUUUCACAAUAAAAGCCUCCCAGUGGCUCAUAAGACACAAUCCCUUCCUUUCCUGGUAGGGUUUCAGGUGGAAAGAGAUUGUUAAAGUUGCCUUUGUAAUUCAUUUAUAUAACUUGUCUGGUCUGUGUUGUAUGUUCACAUAGUUUAAUACUGAUAUGGACCUGUGUUUCUGAAAUAAAGUUGAAUUGAUAUACAGUAUCAAAAAGUAAGUGUACAGCUUGUAUAACAGUGUACAUUUGCUGUCCCCUCAAAAUAAAUAAAAUGGUUU